AUGAUUGAAGAAUUAUUAAUUUUAAUCACAAGCGCUCUUUGCGCUUCGACAACAACAACUUAUCCAGCACUAUGCCAUCCUGCUCCUGAUAAUUUGAUUGUCUGCACAAAUUCUCAACUGACUUUGCAAUUAAAAGCUGUUGAUUCUUCAAACUCCCCCACCCCAGCAGGAUCUUGCAGCCCAACAACGUCACCAACAGCCUGCUAUUUUGAUUUAUUAUCUCUUGGAACUGAAAAUAUCACUAUAACUACAUCUGGAUUAUUGAAAUAUACACCAACAUCAUCAGGAUCUAAAACAUUUUAUGCUCUCGUCUGAGAUGAUAGCUCUAUGAUAUCGUCAGGUACUGCAGGUACCGAUGACUCUUCCUUAUCUAAUGCUUUACCCCUUAUAUUUGAUGUUAGAGACCCUAAUUUCCCAUCUAUUAAGCUUACUUCAAGCUCUUCUUGUACAUCAGCUUGCACCUCAUCAAAUAAUUAUUGUUCCAGCUGUAUAACUCCUGCAUGCAACGUUCCAUACAUAGGGAAAUUUUCAAUAACUAGUGGAGAUACUAACCAAUUUGAAUUUUCUUUGGGCUCAAGCAAUAUUGUUCACAUCACUGUGCUCAAAAACGGAGUAUACUAAUUGACCAAGAAUAGCCCACUAUGGAGCCAUUCUUGGUCUGCCAGAAAAAAUUUUGACAAAAAGAUCCUAAUCUGCCAUUACCACUGAGCUUUGGUGUUUCCAAAUUUUUUGGGCAAGCCAAGUGCAAUAAAAAAAAAUUGUUCUUUUGCGAUGAUGCAUUUGGCUUGUCAAAAAAAUUUGGAAACACCAAAACUCAGUGGUAAUGGCAGAUUAGGAUCUUUUCUGCCAUUACCACUGAGUUUUGAUGUUGCCAAAUUUUUUUGACAAGCCAAAUGCAUCAUCGCAAAAGAACAAUUUUUUUUAUUGCAUUUGGCUUGCCCAAAAAAUUUGGAAACACCAAAACUCAGUGGUAAUGGCAGAUUAGGAUCUUUUGUCAAAAUUUUUUCUGGCAGACCAAGAAUGGCUCCAUAGUGGGCUAUUCUUGGUCAAUUAGUAUAUUUUAUUAUGAACCAAUUGUGUGCACAACUGAUUCUGUAAGCUGAUCUAUACAGGUGACAUUUAUAUAGGUUUAUGAUAAAGCAACAACUUGCUAUGAAACUUUGACGUUAGGCCCUUAUUAUCCAAAUAUUGCUCCAGUGAUUUUUCCUUCAAGUGGACUCACAUAUUCUUUUUAUUGCAGUCCUUCUCCAUUGGAUUUUAGUGUUACGGAUCAAAAUCAUGAUAUAAGUGACGUAACUGUUUCUAUAAACAAUACAAGCUCAUUUCCGAUAUCAACGGUAAUUAAUGGAUCCACUAAAACAAUUACUGUCACUCCUAUAAGCACACUAGCUUAUGGCACUUAUUAUUUAAAGAUCACUGCUAUAGACUCUGGAAUUACUUCAGGUGGGAAUAAUAAAAUGAGCACUUCAAUAACGAUCACAUACAGCUAUCUUCAAAAUCCUGCUUAUAGUGCAGUUAUUGGAACUGCUAUGACUAAAACGAUAUAUAGAUACAGUGGAGAAUGGUUUUACGAUCCUAGUUAUUCACUUUCCUCUUAUGUAUAUCGAUUAUCCAUCGAUUCAACAAAAUCUAUCAAUGAUUUUCAAGUUGAUCUUAUAGAUAACCAAAGUGGCCUAAUCAGAAUAAUAGAAGGUGCAAUUGAUAGAUAUGCUGAUAAUACACAGAUAGUGAUCUAUUAUGAGAUAAGUUUUGAUAACUGUGCUUGCUGUGCUCUUACUUCAGAAGCUUCUUUGACAUUGGAAAUCCAAUAUCCUCCUAUAAUUUUGCCUCCUAGCCCUAUUUAUUAUUUUUUUGGCUACCAAAUUACAGUUCCUUUAACGAUAACUUAUUACAACCUUGAUGAACUAACUCUGUCAUUUAAUAACUUUUCUCCAACAGUCUCACGCACUUCUUCUUCUAUCUCUUUAAUAUGGACAACUGUUAGUAAAGGAUCAUUCGGAGAAGGAGAAGAUGCCCCAACAGGGACUGACUAUUAUGUAGUGCAAGCCAGUACGCCGAGCUAUUUUGGAUCUCCAAUAGUAGCUUCUAUGCAAUUCAAAAUUAAUUUGAGGAGCUACAGUAACCCUCAGAUUGUCACGAUUCCAGAUUCAAAUUUAGUGGCUUAUGCGUCUCAAUCUUUUACACUUGAUGUAAAAUACUAUGUAACUUAUUCAAUUUCAUCAUUACUUACAUUCAGCUCUGAUCAUUCUCAAACUUCUUUAGUCUAUAGUCUUACAAGUGGAGGUAUCUUUACAUUGGCACAAUCAGAUAUGAGCUCAUACCUGGCUGGCUCUGGUUAUAAAGAAUCCGAGCUAAUAACAGUUACAAUAGGUGAUUCUGUAACUGCGACCAGCUUCAGUCAAACCUUUAAACUCCAAGUCUUAGCGGAUUCUCAGACAUUUUCUAUGACUAAUAAUUGAAAUUAUGACUGCUAUGUUGACUUGCUAUGCACUGUGCCUAUUACAGACUAUUUUAGCACUGACAUGGCAUCUAUUACUCUAGAUAGCUACUCUUACACAGCUUUGCCUUCAGGAGCAGCUGGCUCAGAUAACAGUUUAACAUGAACCCCUACGUCUUCAUUUGGAAAUUCAGGAUAUAUAACAUUUACUGGUGUCUUUAAAGGAAUAACAGUAUCGAGCACUUUUAUCUUAAUUGUACAUAGACCUCCUUUAAUAAAAACCCCUCCACUUCAAGCUUAUCAGCUGUUUAUAGGCGGUUAUUGGUCAUAUAAACUUGAAUAUUUAAGCUAUUUGAAUGGAGAGUCAGUAGCUUGUACAAAGUCAAUUUCUUCCAAUUUUGAUAGUCCUCCGACAUGAUCUAGCCGCACUUUAACUUGAGAUGGAGUUGAUAAUGCUGUAACUCAAAAUGGAGUUAUAGCAAGGGCUAUUGAUCGUAAUAGGGUGAGUUUUUUGCUAGGUAUUUUCUCGAGUUGGUUUUCUAACUUAGUUGGCGAAACUAUUGAAAAAUUUCUUAUUGGGCUUUUUUUGUCAACUGCUGAUUGUUUUGGCAGUUUGAGCUGGAGAAACAACUAGAAGAGUUGGUUGGCUAAACCCCAGCCAAGGACGAUCAAUAAUCGUCUUUGGGCUAUAAAACAUAUCCGUCAACUGUAAGCAUAACUUUUACUUGCUAUUUGCAAGCUAUGCACUCAAUGUCACGGUCUAAUACUAUUUCACUUACCUUCAGAAAUAAUUGUACAGCUUCUACAUUUAGUCAGACGUGAUAUACAAAUUAUUUCUGGCAGUAUACAUCAGAAGCUGUAAGUUCUAAUGCUGAUGUAGCAGACCUUUCAAUUUUAUUAGAAAAUUCGCCUACCACUAUGGGUGCUGUUCCGCUUUCAAAAACAACUAAUGCUACCACUGGAGUGAGCUCUUAUAAUUUAACAUGGAUUCCCCAGACUGCUGGUACUUAUACUUUUAAUAUCCUUUGUCAGACAACUUUUAAAGACUCAAAAAUACUCCCUCAAAUAACUACAACGCAGUCAACUCUCACUAUACAAGAUAUUUCAGAUCCUUCAAUUGGCGAUAUCUGCUAUCCUCCUCCUGUCAUUGGUGAAGGAACAGUCUGGACUUGCAAUGUGGAAGUUGGCCCAGAUAUCACUUCAUGCACAUUUAAAAAUGCUAAUAUAGGAAGUUGUGAUGUUUAUCAGACUGUUGUUCAAACCGGAUCUUCAAAAUACUGCACUGUGACUUGAAACGCAUUGAAUGGGUACAAUGAUUUAUCAUCUAGCGACAAUGGCUAUAUUUUGACAAUGGAAGCAAAAGACGCCCUUGGUCGAAUUAUAGACAAAACAUUUUCUUUGCAUCCCAAUGAAAGACCAACCUUCCCUGGAAUAAGUACAACAUAUGAUUUAAAAUUAGGACGGACACCUUGGUCACAAUGAUUCACUGCCACUGAUAGCCAAACUGUUUCAUAUAGCAUUACUACAGAUUUCUCAGGACCGACAAUAGAUAGCACAACUGGGCUUGUCCAAUGAACAACGCCAGACUCUUUGCCAGAUGGCAAAACUUAUCCUUAUCAACUAAGCCUGACAGUUUGUGCACAAGAUGAUCAUCAAUAUUAUCCUUUAAUGGGCUGCAUUACUGCAACAUUAAAUAUUGUGGGAGCUAAUGAAAUACCAGCUCCAAGAUGUCCUAGUGUAGAUCAGCUCUCAAUUCCGGCUGAGAUACUUUUUACAUGAGACACAUCAGUUUCUGAAACUGAUGCAACAGAUGGUACAAUUGAUUAUACUUUGAGCCCAUCUUAUUCAACAAUAUCAUAUAGCAGCAGUGGGACUUUAACGUGAAUUCCACCAAACUCAACACCUACUCCUACACUCACAGUUUAUGCACAAAAUUCAUUAACUCUUGUGACAGGAUAUUGCUCAUUCAUUCUUUAUCCAUAUUAUGAGCCAAUUAUUACUCCUAUGACUGGGACUUGGAGUCUUAAUGAACAUGAUUUUGCAUAUUAUAGAAUCGCUUAUUCAGAGAAAUAUACUUAUAUUGAAGACCUUUUUACCACACUUACAUACGAUUCAUCCUUUAUGCCUGCGUUUACUCCUGGUGAUUUUGGGCUUGUGCAAAUUUCUGUAGGAAGUAUAAAUACUGGCUCUAUUGAAUAUGCGAAGUUUAGUUUAUGUGUAGACGACCACAAAAGAUAUCCAAAACAAGCCUGCCAAGACUUUGAUAUGGUUAUUACUCCAAUCAAUGAUCCUCCUCAAAUACUAAUCUAUGAUAGCUCGAAUCCUUUUUAUAGUACAAACCCAAUAAAACAAUUUUUGUUUACAGGUUUUAAACAAGGAAGAAUAGAUACAAGAUAUUUUAAAAUAUAUGAUUCAGAUAACCCUAUUUCUGACCUUUCUUUAACUGUAGUCGGAACUAAUCCUUAUGGAAUCACUGUAGCCCCUAUAUCGACUGGCUCAGAUACUUAUGAAGUCUCAUGGACACCUAUGUAUUAUCACACUUCUUCAGGCAUUAUUACAGUUAAAGUAUAUGAAACAGCAAACCCUACCAACUAUGAUAUUGCUGAAAUCAUCAUAUAUAAUGUUGAAUGAACACAGUUCCAAACUACUUUUACAACAAUUCCAACCCAAACUGUAUCUGAAGACGAUUCUUUAUUAAUUGACCUUACCUAUUUCAACCCUUAUAAAUCACUAGACCAACUUACAGUCACGUUAGGAGGAGAUACAGUUCCAGGUUUAGCUCUAAAAGGAAAAGGAACGAUUUUAAAGUCACCAUAUAUUAUGAGCUAUAGUAUUAGUAAAACUGUAAUCGUGACAGUGUGUGAUAAUGACAAUAUUUGUGGGGAGACAAGAUUUAAUAUCAAUGUAAACAUUGUAAACCAUCCUCCUUAUUUUACAUAUUGGCAAAAUACUGGAUUUGAAAUAUAUAGAAGCACUCAGAUAGCCGGGUGGGCUCUACAAGGAGCUGACUAUGAGCUUGAUGGCUAUAGGUUUUGCGUGAUGCCAAGGACAAAUGAAGCUACCAACGGAGUGAUUAGUAUUAAUGGAAAUAACAAUCUAGUAUGAAGUUCUAUAUCAGUUACUAUGUUUUGGAGCGACAUUUUUGAAGUCAGAAUAACUGAUCAGGACCAAAGUAUAGCCUGCAAUUCUCUAGCAUCCUAUUCUUCAGCUUAUAUUGCUUUUUGCCAAGGUUUUAAUUGUACAUCCCUGCUUUAUGGGGACUUAUUAAACUAUGGAGAUUGAAUUGACUUUAAUAGUCCUUAUAUUUCUAUAUACGGCUAUGAAGGCGAUAUUACUAUUUAUGUAGGUACAAGGGUAUGUACGUUUAUAAGCCAAGAUUUAGAUAUCACAACUUGCAAUAUCGAUAGUAACUACAAUAUCAUGAAUUUUCCAAUAUUUUUAGAGAAUUAUAUGGGAAUUUCAACAAUAUAUCCACAAAAUUUUAAUCAUAAUACUACUACAGUUCCUAGACAGUGAAUAGUUGAUCCAAGCACAUGCACAACUAGUUACUGGGGAUAUACAACAUGCACAGGAUAUAUCCCAGCAGGAUGUUGAGCCACUAGCCCAAGCAGCAAUACUGGAGCUACAGGGAGCAUUAUAGUAUUAGAAUCAGGAUGUGGAAAUUUUCUUUCUGACUUCACCUGUUUUACAUCCUAUAAUAGCGGCACUCCAGUAGAAGGCGUGUUCUAUGUUGAUAGCAAUAACAAUAAGAAAGGAUAUUGUGCAAUUGCUCAGCCUGACCCAUCAUGAAACAGUAAUAGCAACCCUGCUGCAUGCAAAAUUUAUGUUUGUCCAAGAGAUAAAUAUAGCGAUGAUUGUGGAUACUCGAAUUUAACUGUUUAUGGAGAGCCUGCUUUAUUGUCUGAUGGGUCAGGACAUAGCUUAGGAGGAUAUAGUUUUACAUUCAGCGUAGAUUGAAAGUACUGGUCUCCUUGCCCAACUAGCUAUCUUAAUUUUGGAGGCUAUAAAAUAGUAACAGCUUCUUCUUGCACCUCAAACUCUGUCACAGUUAUAGUUCCUCCUGAGCUUGACACUGCAAAUGUAGUUGUUUAUUUGUCUCCUAUUAGUGAUCCUUAUCAAUGAAGCUCAAAGACUGCGACAUUUACAUAUAGUUCAGAUGUUUUUAAUUCAGGACAAUACUUACUCCAGUUUCCACUAGCGAUCGAAACCAUUAGAAAGAUCUUUAUUUUCGGUAAAAACCCACCCUCCGUGAUUGAAAUUUUGACAUAUAAGCGAUAACUACAUAAUAAUUAUCUCAAGCUAAUCUGUUUAAUUUUUAACAGCUUGCAUUUAAAUCAUAAAUUUUACUAACUCCCCCCCCCUCCGUGAGUGAACAAAAAAAUUUUGUUCACUCACGGAGGGGGGUUAAUUUUUUUUUUUUUAAAAAAAUUUAUAUAUAAAUUUUAUAAAAAUUUUUUUUUUCGAAAUUUAAAAAAAUCCUAAUUCGCAAAAUUUUGAAAGCAAAUAUUAAUUUAAUUUAUAAAAUUUAUGUUUUAAAAGCAAUUCGUUUAAAAUUAAACAGAAUUAGCUCUAGAUUUCAUUAUACUAAUUAUCAUUUAUAUAUAAAAAUUUUUUCCAUAAAAAAUUUUUCUAUUAAAAAAAAAUUUUUGUUCACUCACGGAAGGUGGGUUUUUGGGCAAAAAAUAGGGAUUUUUCUAAUGGUUUUGUUCACUCACGGAGGGGGGGGGAGUAAUUAAAUUAAUUUUUCUUCUCAAUUGGAAUUUUUAAAAUUUUGAAAAAACAAAUUUUACUGUAAAAUUUUAUAUAAGUUAUUUAAAAAAGGAAUUAGAUCACGGAGGAAGAAGUUAGAUAAUACAGGCCAAAUAAAGGAUUGUCCUACUGGAUCUAAGUGCGCUCCUGGGCAAAGUGUUGUAUAUCAGCCUACUCCUUGUAAAGCAGGAACUUAUCAAGAUCAGACUGCCAAAUCAUCAUGCAAAACAUGCCAAAGAGGUUAUAUGUGUCCAGACGAUGGUAUGCCAGCUCAAGAAAUUUGCCAAGCUGGGUUCAUCUGUGAUAGGAGUGGAAUUCAGCUCCCAUUUGCAGCUUGUCCUCCUGGGCAUUAUUGUAAUGAAGGAACAAAUACUCAAAUAAUAUCAAAUAAUUAUGACUAUUGGAAUCUCAAACUUCACAGUCUAAUUAAUAAUACAGAUCAUUGAUGGAAGAGAGGUAGUGCUAUGGGUGACUCUGCUGAUUAUUAUACAAGCCCACAUUUUAUCCCUGAUUGCAUAAAUUCAGCAAGAAAUGGAGCUGAACCUCUUAAUGGUAUAACUGCGGUUGCCCCAAAACUGUGCCCUGAAAAUGCAUACUGUUCAAUGGCUGUGAAUACAAGCACUCUUUCUACUACAAAAACUGACUGAUGGGCGCCACGAUCUUGCAUGUUAGGUUUUGUCUGUGAGCCAGGUAGUGGAGAAAUGUGGGAUAACGACAGUACAUGCGAAGUUGGAAAAUACUGCCCUGGAAAGCAAACAGACGAUAUCUGCAACCCUGGUACACAAUGCAUGACAUGUUCAUGCCCAUAUGGAUAUUAUUGUCCUGUCGAAGGGCUAUCAGAUCCUAUGGAAUGCUCUCCUGGAUAUUAUCAGAAAGAAUGUGGAAAAUCUUCCUGCACGCCUUGCGAUGUAGGCUAUUACUGUGACUCAGCGAAAACUGAAAAUAGAACUGUUUUUUCCAAAAUAUGCCAACCUGGAUAUUACUGUGAUACAGCCUCUACCUUACCUGUAGCUUGCGCACCAUCAACAUAUAACCCGUACUGGGCAAAAGGAGCUUGCAUACAAUGCGAAAUUGGGUAUUAUUGUCCUAAUCAAGCUAUGACCGAGCAUUGGCCUUGCAAGUCAGGGUAUAUUUGCAAUCGAGUUGGGCUAUCUGACGGUGACGCAUGUCCAGAAGGCUAUUACUGCGAAUCUGGGGUAAAUUCAACAGUGUCAGAUACUGGCUAUUGCGAUGAAACCUUAUAUAAGUGCCCAAUUUUGUGCCCUGCAGGCUCCAUGUGCCCUGAAGGGUCGAGCAAGAAUACUAUUUGCCCAGUAGGAUUUUAUCAAAAUGAGAAAGGGAAAGGAGAUUGCUACACAUGCCCACUAGGGUAUAUUUGUCCAAAGACAAAUUCAACUGAGCCCACUCUAUGCCCAGCAGGCUAUUAUUGUGAUCUUGAAGGGUUAUUUGAUACAACUGGUCCUUGCCCACCUGGAUAUUUUUGUCUAGAAGGCACCAAUACUAAAGUUUCUUCUUUUACAUCAGGAAGACUGCUUGAGUCUAGCUAUGUAACAAGUUGCAAAGUAAAUCCUCCUUAUGAUAAAACUCCUGUUCCAUGCCAGCCUGGCUAUGCCUGUCCUUCAGGAACAGGCUCUGCUGAUCCAAAUGACUCAAAUGGCCCACAAAUUUGUGCGGUUGGUAGUUAUAACGACCGAUGUAUGGCAUCUCGUUGCUCAAACUGCCCAGAUGGCUACUAUUGCCCAACUGCAGGAACUGUAAAGCCUUUGCCAUGCCCCCUUGGGAAGUAUAGGUCUGGUGUGACACCUAAUUGUCAGGAUUGCCCUCAAGGUAGAUGAAGUGGAGGAAAUAUAGGCCUUAAAUCAUAUUUAAAUUGCAAAUUGUGCCCAGCCAAAUAUGUAUGUGGCAUUACAGGAAUUUCUUAUAUGUCAGAAAUGUCUCUGUGCCCUGCAGGCUUUAUAUGUCCUGAAGGCACAAGUGCAGCUUAUAUACUAUCAGAUGCGAAAUAUUAUUGCCCUGAAGGAAUCAGCGAUAACGCUCAAUUAGUGAAUUAUACAUGUCCUGCUGGCUAUUAUUGUCCUGAAGGAACUGGGAUUACAAAUGACAUGCUAGAGAUUUGUCAAAGCACCCCAGAUGACUGCGUUGUUGGGUAUAAAUGUCCUAGAAAUUCGUAUUGCCCACAAGGAAGUGGUGCAGGAAUUCCAUGUCCUAGUGGAACAAUAAGUGAAGAAGGAGCUAACUCCCCCUCCAUGCACGAGCAAAAUCCCUAUUAUUUAGGUAAAAAUAUUAUAAGUAAUAAUUAUUAUAAUGAAACCUCUCGAUAAUUCUGUUUAUUCUAAGCAGCUUGCAUUAUAUAUAACACAAAAUUUGCGAAUUAUUUAAUAUUUGCUUUAAAAUUAUUUCGAAAAAAAAAUUAUACAAUUUAUAAAUAGUGAAAUGCACUGUGUAGCACGGGCUUUUUGGCUGGAACUUGAGCCAAAAAAGCCCCAUGCUACAUAGUGUAUUUCACAAUAUAAAUUUUUAAACAAUUUUUGUUUGCUCAACGAGAGGAGUAAGUCACUAUACGGAUGCAUUAAAGAUCCUUCGAAGGAUGCAGCUAUCUAUGGAACGAUAUCACCAUUUAGCUAUUUUAAUGCUUCAAUUAAUGAUGAUCAAUCAUUCUUAUAUAUGGAUUCUAUGGGCUAUGCAACUUUUGUGUUUAAUACUACAAAAUUUCCACCUAGCUCAAUGCCAGACCAAUACAUUUUAUCAAUCAGAUUUGGUUACUUAUUAGCUUAUUCAUUUAAAUUUUAAUGUUCAUCAGGGUUAUUUAGGUAUGCUUGUGCCCACCCUUUAACACAUAAGCUAGUGGCGUCCUGAGCCAUCUCCUUCACUUCCUUUACAUUAGGCUAAACCACAAGGCAUUCUACCCAGACCAAUCAAUAGAGCCAAAGAAUCUCACGAGAACUCGUUGCCCUUUUAUAGCCAUCUCCAGGAUGUGAUCCAUUUAAGGAUAUUCCUCUUCUUAAGUGGGAAACUUAAACCUAUAAUAAUAAAAUUUACUGAGAUGGAAUGAUUUUCUAGAGAGAAAUAAUUCCAAUGAUCCCAUUUACGAUUAUUAUCAUCAAUCCAGUAUACAGAUUCUUAUGGAACUGUAGAGUAAAAUGGAGAGUUUAACUGAAAGAUAGACUCUUAGACACACUUCCUAUAGGGCAUAUAGAAUCUAUCUUUAUGCAACUAACUUUAGGAAUUAUUUGCGCUUGCAGCAGACCCUGGGGUUUGGGGAUACCUACCGAAGAGGUGAGAUCAACUGGAAUUUUGGCAGAGAGCAGCUUUGAUCCGGAACUAAUCGAUUGGUCCGGCGGAUUUCUCUAGUGAAUUCAAGAAGAUAAGGUUUUGGAGCUUUUAGCUUUUGCACCUGCAUGCAAGUCCUCAAUGCUUUUCACCUUUUUGGAAUUAUUUUGGCUUAUUAGCAAUUCAGCCAUUAAGCAUAAUAAUUAAAUUAGACUAUGGUACUGUCAAAAAGAUCCCAUUUGUGCAAUACGAAAGCUUUUCUCCUCUAUAUAGGAUUCCACUUGCUUAUGUUUAUUCAUCAACAAUUUCUGAGCAAGGUAAAGUUUGGGAUUUCGCUGUUUUAUCUCAUACAUCAUUAAAACUUGAGUUUAAGAUAGAGCUUCUUUAUGGACUUUUUGUGGACUCAUCUCUUUAUAGUUUGUUCGAAAACUGUAUUACUCUUUCUAGUCUGACUUAUCCUACUAGAAAUUCAGGCACAAGCUUUUUAGCUGUUUUAAAUAGGCUAAGUAAUGAUGAUUUCAACCAGCCCAACAAUUUAGGGAUAUUCAGCAUUCUUCCGAAUAGCUCACAAGUGGACUCGUAUGAUACUUAUGAUCCUGAGAUAAUAAAUGAUAUUUCAGCUACAAUGACAUCAAGUCUAGGGGAUAAUGAUCAAAGUGAAUCAGUAUAUAAUCAAGACACACUAAAACUGUGGGAUUGGCUUAUGCUCAGCCAAAACUUGUAUCCUAUUGACUAUAUUCCAUAUAUUACUGAUUGUGAUGAAUAUGGAGCUAAUAUUCCAAUCUAUAAAAUAGUCACUCAUCCUAGUUGUGAUCUUGUAGACACCAAAGAUACUACAUGGGUAGACAUUUUAAGUCCCUUUAAAGUACCCCAUGGUGAUGUAUGUGAUAUAAGUCUUACAUGCAGAAUUGCAGAAAAUGUAUUAGCUUCAAGCACAAAAGAUAACUGAAUAGCUGCUUAUGAACUUAGCAAGUCAUACAUUUUUUACCUAACAAGACCUCAGUUGGAGCAAAGCUAUUAUGAAAAAAAUAUCCCAAAUUCAACUACUAGUGGAAAUGAAUUCAGUUCCUCAUAUUAUGGAUCAGGAAAUUUAAUUUCUGUACAAGCCAGUAGAGGAAACGCAGAUUAUUCAACAGGAAUGAUUCCCCGAAAAGUCCGGCUGGAAGUAGGAUACUACCAAAAGUCAUUAAUUGACAAAGAGAUCCUGCAAGCUAUUAUCUAUUUUUCCGAGUUUGAUAAAAAUACUACAAAUAGGGAAUAUGAGUUCACUUUUUAUCUUUAUCCGCUGCAUUGGAAAGAGUGUUUGGAUUUAUUUGCGUUUCAAGAAUAUUUAUAUUAUUUAUUUGUGAUGCUUCUAUGUCUAUUUAUUUUUACUUGUGUAAUAGUUUUCUGGGCUUUGAACUAUACUUUUUCAUCGAUUCUUCCAAGGCCAAAGCUGAAAAUCACUCUUUAUUUGAAAUAUUCAUUUAGCUCACUAAAAGGGAUUUCAAUGGGAGCUCUUCCUUGUUUUGGGCUUUGCUUAGGAUUAAUGGAAAUUUAUAGUAAUAUAGAAUAUCUUCAAACAAUACCUGGAGAUUGGGAUGAUACAGAGCCAAUAACUCCUGGGCUAGCUACAGACUCACAAAGGAUACAGACAUAUCAAAAUGGAAGACUAGGAGCUUCUAUGUGUAUUUUAGGCUGGUAUAUGAUUUACCGAGCAUCCACACUUCUGUUUCCAAAAGUCGAAAAAUGUGAAAACCCUGAUGAACUUCGCGAUCUUGAUGAAGAAAAUAAAAGACUUAAAGGUCUUUUUUUCUGGCAAAGCAUUCCUGUGCUUAUCCUUUGUUUAGCCAUCUAUCAGUUCUCACAAUCUUCAGUAUAUGGGUCUCUCAGCACACUUUUCAUUGCUGUUUUCCGGUUUAUGAGUAGCAAAAUAGUAGAAAAAUCCAGGAUAAAAUUUGAUGACGAUGUUUAUGCUCUUCCAUUUUUUGGUGCUACUAGUCUAACGAUUAUGCUUAUUACGGUCAAAGUCGGCGCUUUCACAAGUUUCUUGACUGGAUAUUUAACGCAAAUUUUUAUAAAAAUUGGAACAAGAGCUUUUCUGGAGCCAUAUCGAAUUGAAAUUAAAAAUAAAGUUAUGAAAAUCAAACAGAGAUUUAAGCUUGGAGGAGGGGAUGACCCCUCUUUUGGGCUAGGGUUCAAAGAUAGAGUUUAUAUUGAGCAGAUUAAUGAUUUGGCAAUCAAUUCUAUGGGCUUUAUUUCGGCUUGGAUUUUCCCAUGCUCCAUUGUAUUUAAUUAUAUUUUUUACCAGGAAUUAAAAAUAUCAAUUCCUAAAGAUUUCUUGAAAUAUUUUAUCGUUUUCACCUUUAUGCAGGCUUUUGCAGAAAUUGGGUAUGACGUGUUUUUAAAUAAUGCUAUUGAAUGUAGAACAGGCAGGCUCCUUUCUGAGAAGCUAAUGGAUCUCAAAGGAAUAUAUGAAGGAAGGCGCUGCAGAUGGGUUUUAUCAGAUCGCACCCCUCACUCAGGCCGCACCUUAUUAAAGUCAACCGAAAAUCUUUUGCGGUUUGGUUUUAGUCCUCAAUACUACUUCGUUAUGACACUUUCCACAAUUGGAAUGGUUUUUCAAAUUUACGCCGUAGAUUUCUGAGUCUUAUGGAGCUAUAACCCUUUUAAGGAUGUAGUUGCCCUUUUUUCCGUUCCAUUGAUUGUUCUUCUCCUCUGACUAUUAGAAAGAUUUGCUUUAUUAUUCGGGAAUAUUCUGAAAAUAUGAAAUGUCAAAGAGAACGAAAACAAUUAUGAAAAAGAAGGGGAUUUUUAUGAUGCUAUAAAAUAUUAUGUGCAAAGAGAGAUUGAAGAUUCUUCAUCAUCAAGUAGAGAUGAGCUAUUAAUAAAAGCCUUAGGAAGAGCGAUUUAUGAUAAGUAUAUUAGUGAAAGCAAUGAAAAAAGAAAAAAAGCAGAAAUAAUUAAGCUUUUGAAAAAACUUAAUGAUGCAAUGAGAAUUGGAAAGAGGACUUUGGAUAAUUCAUCUUCUAUAAAUGAUUUGCCUUUGCCGAAAAUAAGAAAGCCAACACAGUUCUUAAAGCUAAGGAAGAAAGGAGAUGUAAAGCAGAUUUUGAAAAAGCCUGAAGGAAGUUGGUCACCAUUUAUGAUGUAUCCUUGGGAAAUUAUGACAGAGUCUGUACCUCUUAAUAAUUUUAAACAAUAA